UGCUGCUGGAGGGGCCAUGACCCCUCAGGAAAGAGAAAGGAGGAAUGGCAGAAAGCUAUUGGGAGAGAGAAGGGAGUCAGAGAAUGGGACAUUCUGUAGGGAAAGAGUGUUUCUAAUCAGAUGGAAAUGAGGAUCCAUUUGCAAAAUUCUUCAUCUGGACCUUUUGACAAAAGCCAAUUCCUCUGGCAAAGAAAAAAAAAAAAAUCAAGAUGAAUACUGAGGGAAUGGAGUUCUGACAUAGCCAAAGUUGUAAAACCAUUUCCGCCUGCCCUGUGACCCCACCAAGCCUUGGGGAGCAACAUGAGGACAGGGCAUGGAAAGGAGCCAGAGGGACAGGAGUUGGGAGCUCCUGGUGAUCCGGGCACUUUCUCCUUCAUGUUACUGACCUGGGAGGGAUCCACUUUAGGAUACAGAUCCCAAAGGAGCAAGAAGUACCAGGAAGUGCCGCUGAUCUGGACAGACCCCCUUUGCCUGCUGCUGCCCCACAGUGAACAGGGAGCCAGUGAGGAGCUGCAUUGUCCAUCCCUGGAUUCUCCAUGCACUGACUUCCCAUCCACUCUCAUCACAGCUGGGGGCCACAUCCCACCACCUGCCCAGUGUCCAUCCAUGGAGGUAAGCACCGUGUCCGUACCUCCUGCCUCAGCCAUGGAAGGAGGUGAUCUGUGUGAAAUCAGUGUCAUCAACAUGGUCAUACACAAUGUGGCACUGUUCAUCUGCCUCUGUGGGCUGGUUGGGAACAUGCUUGUCUUCUGGAUAUUCAGCGUCAGAAGUUGCACCGAAUUGCUGGCUGAUCUGACUACCACUGACUCCCUCUUCCUCUUCUUUGCGGUCCCCUACACCCUGCUCUGCCUGGUGAAUGACGUGUUCUGCUCCACUUUGGUGCCCCUGAGGUACUUGAACUUGCUUUUCCAGCUGUCACUGUUUGUCUACCACACAGAGCUGUUAUGGCUGAUGAUCACCAACAUCAAGAGGUACUGGCCCAUCAGCUUCAUAUUCUGGCGCCACGUCUACCAAUACUUGAGCGAGUUGUGCAUGAUGAUAAGACCCCUGCACUGGGCCUUUUUCUAUGCUGUCAUUGAUGUCAUUCUAAUAGCAUAUUUCCCACGCCUUUCCCAAGUGAAAUGCCAGCUGGUUCACAUGUCCUUGGACAUCCUCAACCACCUCCUCUUUGCUGCACCCUGGGUCAUUUCCACUGCAAUCCUCUACGUUAUGGUCGUUUUUUAUCCCCCACAGGAGAAACCCUCUAGUCUAGAACGCAUUAUCUUCUUCUCUGCACUCUACUCCUUCCCCAUCAGCCUCUCCAAUUUCAUGGGGCACCUUGGCUACACUGUGGUGUCCUCUCAGGUGGUUUUCUUGUUCACCUGCAUCCAGACCAGCAUCAAACCCUUCAUCUACUUCUGGGUGUGGUGGGUUGAGUACAUAAGAGUAUGAUGCCGCUCCAUGUCCCUCUGGCUCUUCUUCCAGAGGGUUUUUGAGAAGCUGAAAGUCAACAUUGCCAGCAGCAAUGAUGCCACCAUGGACACAGCUGUCCCAGACUGUUGAUCCCCUCCACUACACUGAUGAAGGACCAGGACAGUUGCUGAGGAUUUCCUUGAGCUACUGGAUUAAUAAAUAUCCACGGGAUCACCCUCCCCUGCUGUAUUAUUGCAAGAGAGGGGAGCAGGGCAUGUGGGACAGAUGUCCUGCCUGGAGCACACUGGAGUAUGGCUUUCCUCCUCCCUCACAGAUCCUAGAACACUAGUCUGCCAGAGUGAUCCAGACAGCUGUGAUGCCAAAAUUCCCCCUGGCACCUGGUUCCUGCAUCCCACUGUGGUCCGAUAUCAAUAAACAGCUUGUUAACGCUGA